GAUAGUAUGGUUAUUAGGGGAUCUUUUUUCUGAUGAACAGACGCAGUCCAACCCAAAUAGUAUUGCGGCCUUACCCGUGUCUGAUCGUAGACAGACUAUGGUUAUUGUGGCACGUUGCCUUUGGUUUGGUCCGGUUUGUUGAUGAGAUUGAAAUAGUGGAUGGUAACGUUAUACAGUAAAUUAUGGAGAUGCUGCUACCUAUUGACUGACCUAUUAUAUAGUACCGUACCAUUUAAAAUAGAUCUAUCCCAAAACAGCCUCAUCCAAUGCAAAUAGCAAUUUAAUGCUAACGUUAUAUCUGUACUGAGGCGGGUUUGCGGAGAGCAACACGGUCGGAAAGAAUCCAUGUUAUCCUAGACGGCAAGUGGGCGAAAAACAUCCAUUUAAACUAUUACUUUCCAUACAAACACUGCUCGUAAAAUAGUCUAUGAUCACAAUGAAGGCAUGUUUGAUUGAAGGAAAAACAAACUACUAGUUAAUGUUUGUUGUUGUUAUAGCUAGCUAGCAUCGAUGGAUCAACUUAUGAUUCCGGGAAACGGUAAACAAUACGGGAAUGACGAUAUAGAUAGCUUUUCAGAACCCCUACUUGAAGCUGCAUGCAUCGAUUGUUUUCGUAUUAUUGAAACAAAGCUUUUAUGUUGUACUAUUUUCAGCAAAAUCAUGAAAAUACGUCAGCAACAGGGCCCCUGAUACGCUAGUUAGCUUACUAACUACAUUACGAACUAGCUUACGUUACUAGCUAACUAGAUACCACAUGACAACUCAGACAAUUUCAUCCCACCAAGAGCAGCGAGAGUCAUGGCACACUUUGCCUGCUACUUUAAUUUUUUUUAGGACAUACUGGUCAGAUCUACGGUUUUCCUAUCUUUCUGACUGAGAGCAAGGCUGUUUUGUUCUCUAUAUCUUCUGUGGACUGGGAAAAAUGGCAGACCCCAUCAUGGACCUCUUUGAUGACACGCCACUGUUUAACCUGGAUGCCCUGCCAGACGAUGCCUUCACAGACCCCGUGGAGGAGGCUCUGAAACUGGCUCUGGGGCAGGUGGACCCCCCCUCUGAUCCAACCCCAGACCUCUCCACCCCAGCGCUCAGCAUACCAGUGGCAGCUCCAACCAUCCCAGACCCAGUACCUGUGCAGCAGCCGGCCCCAGUCCCAGUUGCCCUCCCUCAGACUGUUUCAAUAGCUACAACAGUACCUCAGACAACACUCUCUGUAGCCAGUAACACCAGUGGGGCUGCCACAGUCCUGCUGAGCUCACCUCUGACUGUCAAUAGCUCUACUGGCACCACGCAACACAUCACCACACAACAAUUCACCACACAGCAGCUUACACAGAUCGCACAGCAGCUUACUCCUCAGCAGCUAGCUGCCAUCACCCAGCAGGCCGGAGGCCAGGGAGGUGCCAAGAUCGUCAUCCUGAAAGGACCUGGGGGGCAAGCACAGCUGCUGCAGACUGUUGCUGGGACAGGCUCCCAAGCGGGGAAGGUCACCUUUGCCAGGGUACUGUCUGGAACCCAACUCAGGCCCGGCAUGCAGAUACUGUCUGGAGGAACGGUCCUGAACCAAGCGUCUCCUGGACAGGUGAAGGUGGGAACUGGGGUACAGAGGCUGGUUCAGUCGCCCAACGGACCCCUGAAGCAGGUACAGUUGAUCUCCAUUCCUCAGGGCCAGUCCCAAAGCCAGACUCAGACUGUCCAGGUGCAGAUACCGCAAGCCCAGCUUACCCAAGCCCAGGCUCAAGUGCAGCUCCAGACCCAAGGACAGGCAACGCAAAUCCAGCUACAGCCCCAGACACAGGUGCAGCUGCAGUCUGCCAUGCAGACACAGGUCACCGCUGCUGCUACAGGCACCACUACAGUCCGACCACAAGGGGUCACCCUCACUACAGUACCACAACAGGGUGAAGCCAAGAGGAUCACCCUGGUGCUGCAGCAGCCUCAGGGUGGUGCGGCCCAGGGGGGUGCUGUGACAGUCGGUGGGUCGGGUCAGCUGCAGCAGGGCCAGCAGCAGAGGCUGGUGUUGGGUAAUCUCCCAGGGAAGCUGGUCCUCCAGGGGGGUCAGCUGGCUGCUCUCACCCAGGCAAGGGCAGGGCAGACGGGGACACAGCCUAAAGUGCUCACCAUCCAGCUGCAAGUGCAGCAGCAACCCAACCAACAGGGGGGACCCAAGUUUCAGCUGGUGUCCGGAGGGCAAGGUAGUAGCCCACAGGUUGUUCAGAUCUCCCAGGGUCAAGGUGGACAGAGACUAGCCGUGCCCCUCAAACUGCUGCUGCAACCACAGACAAAUGCCACCUCGACAGCAGGCAGAGCUGUCUCCGUAGUGAAGGUCAUCAACACCUCAGCUGCUGGCUCCACCCCUUCCACCACCACCACUAUGUCGUCACCAGGGAUACGGCUAGCCAAGGCCCAGGAGCCUGUACGUCGUUUGGAGACCCUGUGCAAGCAGGAGAAGGCCAACCGUAUUGUGGCUGAGGCCAUUGCCAGGGCCAAGGCCCGGGGAGAGAGGAACAUUCCACGAGUCCUCAACCAGGACGAACUGCCUGCCGGACAAAAGGCUGCUGACCAAGGGGCAGCUGCAACGACCACUGGCACACCUGGAGCCAAGAAGAAGGGAGGAGGGAGUAAGAAGAAGAGCCCAGCGGCGGCAGCAGGGAAGGGCGGGGCUGGUGCAGAAAAGAAGGGCAAAGCCAAGGCAGCAGGUGGGGCUGCUGGUGGGACACCUGGAGGGGCGGCUGGAAACGGCUGCAGCAAGAGCAAAAGCAAGGCAAAGAUCAAUACAAUCACUCUAGUGGGGGGUAAGAAGAGGAAGAGGAAUGCCUCCUCAGACCAUUCUGAUGGGGAGUUGAGCCCCGCCUCUCCCUCUAAGGCCCUGGAUGAGGACAUGCUUGCGAAGAGACGUUCUAACCGUCAGGUGAAGAGGAAGAAAUACACUGAGGAUCUGGACAUCAAAAUCACUGACGACGAGGACGAACCGGAGGAGGACGUGGACGUAACAACAACCACGACGGCGGCGGUGGCGUCCAUUACCGGAGGAGCAACGGGGCAGCUGAUGGGAGAGCAGCUCAAACAGGAGCUGCAAUUGGACGGGGACAGCCUUUCUAGCAUGCAGUUCUUUGUGGAAAACCCCAAUGAGGAAGAUGCAGCAAUUGUUGACAAAGUUUUGUCCAUGAGGUUAACUAAAAAGGAGGUGUCUCCAGGACAUUACAUCAAUGCUGAGGAAUUUUUUGUCAAAUAUAAGAACUACUCCUACAUGCACUGUGAGUGGGCCACUCUGGAGCAGCUGGAGAGAGACAAGAGGAUCCAUCAGAAGCUCAAGAGAUUCAAGGCCAAACAUGCACAGAUGAGACACCUUUUACAGGAGGAAGAGGAGCCCUUCAACCCAGAUUAUGUGGAGGUGGACCGGAUCCUGGAUGAGUCCAACAGUGUGGACAAUGGAGAGCCGGUGGUGUAUUACCUGGUGAAGUGGUGCUCUCUGCCCUAUGAAGAUGCUACCUGGGAGCUAAGAGAGGAUGUGGACGAGGGCAAGGUGGAGGAGUUCAGGAAGAUCCAAGACCGCCAACCUCAACUCAAGAGAACGCCCCGACCCCAAGCAGCUGCAUGGAAGAAGCUGGAGGAAUUCAGAGAGUAUAAGAGUGGGAACGUACUCCGAGAAUACCAGCUAGAAGGAGUCAACUGGCUGCUCUUCAACUGGUACAACAGACAGAACUGUAUCCUGGCAGAUGAGAUGGGUCUAGGGAAGACCAUCCAGUCCAUCUCUCUGCUGUCUGAGGUGUUUGGUGCCGGGGUCCAGGGCCCCUUCCUGGUCAUCGCUCCUCUCUCUACCAUCACCAACUGGGAGAGGGAGUUUGCCAUCUGGACUGACAUGAACGCCAUCGUCUACCACGGCAGCCUGGCCAGCAGGCAGAUGAUCCAGCAGUACGAGAUGUACUGCAAGGAUGACAAGGAUCAUCUGAUCCCAGGGGCGUAUAAGUUUGAUGCCUUGAUCACCACGUUUGAGAUGAUUCUGUCCGACUGCCCUGAGCUGAGGGAGAUCUCCUGGCGCUGUGUGAUCAUUGACGAGGCUCACCGCCUCAAGAACCGCAACUGCAAGCUGCUGGACAGUCUCAAGAUGCUGGACUUGGAGCAUAAGGUGCUUCUAACUGGUACCCCCCUCCAGAACACAGUGGAGGAACUCUUCAGUCUGCUGCACUUCCUGGAGCCAGCUCAGUUUUCAUCAGAGUCUGAAUUCCUUCGUGACUUUGGAGACCUCAAAACAGAGGAGCAGGUCCAGAAGCUCCAGGCCAUUCUGAAGCCUAUGAUGCUGCGCAGACUCAAAGAGGACGUGGAGAAGAACUUGGCACCAAAACAGGAGACCAUCAUUGAGGUGGAGCUGACAGAUGUGCAGAAGAAAUACUACCGAGCCAUCCUAGAGAGGAACUUCAGUUUCCUCAGCAUGGGAGCCACCAGCAACAGCAACGUGCCCAAUCUGCUCAACACCAUGAUGGAGCUACGCAAGUGCUGCAACCACCCCUACCUUAUUACUGGAGCAGAGGAGAAGAUUGUGGCUGAGCUGAGGGAUGUUUACAACCCCGUGGCCCCAGACUUUCACCUGCAGGCGCUGGUGAGAUCCGCAGGCAAGCUGGUCCUGCUCGACAAACUGCUGCCUCGCUUGAAGGCCGGGGGACACAAGGUGCUCAUCUUCUCCCAGAUGGUGCGCUGCCUGGACAUCCUGGAGGACUACCUCAUCAACAAGAGAUACCUGUACGAGCGUAUUGAUGGCAGAGUGAGAGGGAACCUGCGUCAGGCAGCCAUUGACCGCUUCAGCAAACCAGACUCUGACCGUUUCGUCUUCCUGUUGUGUACACGGGCUGGAGGUCUGGGCAUCAACCUAACUGCUGCUGACACCUGCGUCAUCUUUGACUCCGACUGGAACCCUCAAAACGACCUGCAGGCUCAGGCGCGGUGUCACCGUAUCGGCCAGUCCAAGGCAGUGAAGGUGUACCGUCUGAUCACCAGGAACUCUUAUGAGAGGGAGAUGCUAGACAAGGCCAGCCUCAAACUGGGUUUGGACCGGGCUGUACUGCAGAGCAUGAGCGGUAACAAGGAGAGCAAUGUCAACGGACAAAUCCAGCAGUUCUCCAAGAAGGAGAUCGAGGACCUCCUGAGGAAGGGGGCGUAUGCUGCCAUUAUGGACGAGGAGGACGAGGGCUCCAAGUUCUGUGAGGAGGACAUUGACCAGAUCCUCCAAAGGAGAGCCACCACCAUCACCAUUGAGAGUGAGGGCAAGGGCUCCACCUUCUCCAAGGCCAGCUUUGUGGCUACUGAGAACAGGACCGACAUUGCCCUGGACGACCCCGAGUUCUGGCAGAAGUGGGCCAAGAGGGCAGACAUAGACUUUGAUUCCAUGAAUAGGAAGAACACCCUGGUGAUUGACACGCCCAGGGUGAGGAAGCAGACCCGUCAGUUUGCCACCCUGAGGGGCGAGGGUGGGGAGAUAUCUGACCCCGAUAGCGACGACGAGUACCCGCCCGCCAAUUCCCGGCAGUCCCGGUCCUCUAGGCGCUCCGAGCGCCACACCGGAAACGGCUACGGCCGCACCGACUGCUUCCGUGUGGAGAAACAUCUGCUUGUUUACGGGUGGGGGCGCUGGAGGGACAUCCUGUCUCAUGCACGCUGUAAGCGGCGCCUCGGGGAGCGAGACGUGGAGACUAUCUGCAGGGUCAUCCUGGUCUUCUGCCUGCUGCAUUACCGUGGGGAUGAGAACAUUAAGAGCUUCAUCUGGGAGCUCAUCACACCGCCAGAGAAUGGACGGGAACCCCACACACUCCUCAACCACUCUGGUUUGUCCAUCCCUGUUCCUCGGGGCAGGAAGGGGAAGAGAGUGAAGGCUCAGAGCUCCUUUGAUGUUCAGAAGGUGGAGUGGAUCCGCAAGUACAACCCCGACUCCCUGCUUCUGGACGACAGCUACCGCAAACAUCUCAAGCACCAGUGCAACAAGGUGUUGCUGAGAGUACGUAUGCUGUACUACCUGAGACAGGAAGUUAUUGGAGAACAUGCUGAUUCUGUGCUGAGAGGAGCUGAUGCCAGGGAUAUUGACAUCUGGAUGCCUGAGAUGGAGCAGCUUGAGGUGCCAUCAGGUUGGUGGGAUACAGAGGCAGACCGCUCCCUCCUCGUCGGAGUUUUCAAACAUGGGUAUGAGAUGUACACUACUAUGCGUGCCGACGACUGUCUCUGUUUCCUGGAGAGAGCUGGUCGCCCUGACGACCAGGCUAUUGAUGCUGAGCAGCACUCUGCAGACGCAGAGCUGGGAGACGGAGGAGACGAUGACAAGUAUUCUGAAGACCCGGAGUUCAAGCCUGCGUUAAGGCACACCAAAGACCUAUACGAGGAGGCUGACUCCUUGAACAUGGAUGAUGACAUCUGUGUCGAGGACAAGGCAUUGCCUGUUAAAACCAAGGGGCCGCCCUCUGGCCAGUUCGGAGCCUGUGAGUGGCCGACAAGCUCAUCACUUACCGCGCGGCUCCGUCGUCUAAUCACGGCAUACCAGCGCAGCUACAGGAGAGAGCAACUGAAGGUGGAGGCAGCAGAGAAGGGCGACCGUAGGCGCAGGAGGUGUGAGCAGGCCAGUAAACUGAAGGAGAUUGCACGCCAGGAACGCCAACAGAGGUGGACCCGUAGAGAGGAGUGUGACUUCUACCGUGUGGUGUCCACAUUCGGUGUGGAGCGAAUAAAGAAAGAGGCAGAUACCCCAGAGGGGGAAGAGGCUGAACUGGGAUGGGCUCGCUUCCGGACAUUUGCCCGUCUAGAAAAGAAGACUGACGAGAGUCUGAGCCGCUACUUCCGCUGCUUCAUGGCUAUGUGCCGGAGGGUGUGCAACCUGCGGCCCGCCUCCGGAGAAGACCCUUCAGAGCUGGGCCAGUCUCUGGCCCCAAUCACUGAGGAGCGAGCCUCUCGCACCCUGUACCGCAUCAGCCUGCUGCGCCGUCUCCGUGAGCACGUCCUGCCUCACCCUUCCCUGGAGGAGCUCCUUCUGCUGGCCCCGCCCAGCUCUGAGCUGCCUGCCUGGUGGAGCACUCCAGCCCAUGACCGGGAGCUCAUGCUGGGUUCCGCCCUCCACGGCGUCAGCCGCACUGAGCUCUCGGUCUUCCUCGACCCGCAGUUCUCAUUCAGCCAGGCCCGCCACGACUACCUCGAGAACCAGCAGAACCAGCCCGCCCCCGCCACUCCCCUCCUCCAACCACAGGCAGAGGAGGGCUCAGUCGUCAAGGAAGAGGAGGGUCUGGACAAGGAGUCCCGCAUCCUUGGAGCCUCUGAGGCUCUCGGCCACUCAGAUACCCAGAUCACACACCUCUCCCGUCCUGAUGGGAAGGGCCGAGCCCGGACCGGCUUGGGAUGGAAGAAGAGCAGGGGGAGAGGGCCGAGAAGUGGAGGAAAUAAAGGAGAAAGAAGUGUAGGAGGGAUUUCCGAUUCCGAUUCUGACUCUGAUUCUGGCUCGUCUACCUCCUCCCAGCGAUCAGGCAGCUCUGACGACAGUGGCGACAGUGAAACAGAGAGGGAAAGAGCUGCUUUGAAGAUGGAGGAAGAUGGGGAGAACAGCUUGCUCUCAAUGACUCCAUCUCAAGAUGGUGCGCCACCAGAGUCCCUUACCGACCCAUUCAGGGUUGAUUGGCCCAAGGACCGUGUGUUGAUAAACCGGCUGGACAGCCUCUGUACCCUGGUGCUGUCUGGGCAGUGGCCAACAGGGCGGCGCUAUGCCUCUGAUGCCCAGCUCAACCCAGGCUCUGACGACCUAGGGGCAGGGGAUGAGCUCAGCUUUGCACGGCUCAUGCGGAAAGGCAACAGCACGCCCGGUGGAGAAGGAGCAGACAGACAGGAAUCUGAGUUCACCGUCAAACUCCUGAAGGAGGAGGGGCUGAAGCUGACCUUCUCUAAGCAUGCCUUGAUGUCCAAUGGGUCAGGGGGAGAGGGGAGUGGACGCAGGAAGCGUAGGGACCAAGAAUUGUCAGAUCCAGACGGAGCGGUCCCGGUGGUCGAUGCCAUGACGGGCACAGUGCUGAGUGGGGAGCGAGCCCCUCGCCGCAGAGACCUGCCCAACUGGCUGAAAGAGAACCCAGACUAUGAGGUGGAGGGAGACAUGUUGGAGCUCCUUGUGAACCAGAAGAGGAGGAGGAGGAAGAAGAGGACUGAGAAGACCGCAGCACUGUUGGGCAGUGAGAAGGUUAAGAUCAUUGAUAUGAGGACAGGAAAGAAGGUUGGGGCUACGUAUGGACCUAUGCUGCAGGAUCUGAGGGUGUUUCUGGAGGAGAACCCUGACUGUGCAGUGGCACCAGAAUGGGCUGAGAUGGUCCAGAGCUCUGGCUUUCUGCCAGACAGCCUCUUCCACCGGCUCCUCUCUGCACGCUCUGUCAUCCCCAAGAGAGUCCGCCGCCACCACCACCACCACCACCACCAUGCCCCUCAGCCUGCCCCGCUGGAGGACCCAGUCCUGGGCGGAGGUGUAGAAGAGACCCUGGUCUCAGACGGGGCCUACAUGAUGGAGGACGAAGACUUGGAGAAUUCCCCUUUCCUGACUCAAGCUUUUGAAGUUAAGAUGGAAGGCGGCGACAGCUUGUCACAAGGCGGAUACGAGAGUUCUGACAGGGAGGCCCUUUUGGACGACGUCAUCAUGGCUCAGAAGGACUCAGACUCUUCCUCCAGCUCAGAGGAUUGACCAAGCCCAUUUAGUCUGAUAUAGUCCCAGAAAAAUCAUGUUAUUUUCCCUUUCAUGUUAUUGCUCAUUGUUUAUUUUUAUCAUGAUAUAUAUAUUGAAUUUUGGAUGAAUUUGGUUUUUGUUCUUCUUACUCACUUGGUUUAUGUAGAUUUUUGGAAAGGACCAGGUUUGCACCCAACUCUUUCCAUUCAUGAUAUUCCCCCUCCCUCCAUGACCAUCCCCUUGGCACCCUCUACCACACAGUGAGUCCACACCCAACUCUGUUUCUCAACCCACUGCUCCUCUUCUCACUCAAACCCAUUCCCAGUCUCAGCUUUAAGGGGAGCCCUGCUGUGAAGGCAUUUGAUCAAAGAACCUCCUAGCUAGUCCUCCAGUAUAACUGGACGAGAGGACAUGCGUACUGAGCAGACCAGAACUUUGCUCCCAUGAUGCCUGAGUCUGAUGUCAUAGGCCAUUUCUGCUCCCUGUUGAGUCAGUGAACUUGAAGGGGUCCAAUUUGUGAUGUACAUUUUUUCUGGUAGGGUAAAGGUGGUGGUGGGGGGGUACCGGUAUAUAAGUUACUGGUCCAGUGCUAGGAAGAUGGGUGUAUUGUACAAUGUAGAACUGGUCAGUUGUGUGCUAUGGUGCAAAGAUGACCACGAUGAGUUAAUAUUCUUGUUUUAUGACCUGAAUGUAUCUGUGAUAUGAAUAACAAUCUACAGUGAAAGCA